AUGGAGAAAGAUCCAGGGUAUGUACUGGUUCGGGACAUGCACGCUUCGAUUCGGCUCAAUCUGCAGCAUUAUCUCUGGAAAGAUGGGCUAGGGUAUCUUUUGCACCCAUCGAUUCCUCUUCCGCCCCCAGAGACGAAUUAUCGGAUUGCUGAUCUAGGGACCGGUACCGGAAUCUGGGCUUUGGAUCUUGCUCGGCAACUCCCAUCCACAGUUCAAAUAUGCGGUUUCGAUAUCUCCUCCGCUCAAUUUCCACAUCCAAAUUACCUACCCUCGAAUGUGAAAUUAGAAGUUAUGGAUAGUCUCCAAGUUGAACCUCCUGAAGAGUUGUUAGAAAGCUUCGAUAUCGUGCAUUUACGUCUUUGGCUUGGUGUUGUGAUGAAUGGAGACCCGAGUGCAGUUCUUACUCAUGCAUUGAAAUUGUUACGUCCGGGAGGAUGUAUUCAGUGGGGUGAAUUUGAUCCAAAUCGCGGUAUCGCUGAGGGACCAAAUGGCGAAGAGGCACCACAUGUCGCUAAGAUCCUUAAUGUGCAGGCAAAGAUCAAAGAUCUCAGGUGGAUUCCAGCUCUCCCUAAAUUAUUUGCACAAUAUGAUCUAGAAGAUAUCAAGGAGGAUUUUGCAUUCGAGCAAUCAUGGCAGUCAAAGAUGAUAGCGGAUAGUUCUUGUGCUGUUGUGCAAGAAAUGGCGAAUAAUGGGAGUCGGUUUGUUAUGGAAAAGUUGGAGAGGGUGGGUGUGGAUGUUCCGAAGGCGUAUGAGGAGGUCUGUGGAGGCGCGAGACUUACCCAGCCGUUUUGUGUGACGGUUGGGAGGAAACCAAUUAAGAUGAGUGUCUGA